GGUUCGUUGCUCGGUCGGCUGUUCGUUUACCGCUCGUAGUCACCGUUGUCCGUCACCGUCCGCCGCGAUUAUUAAGUGCAUACAUAUAAUAGAAAUACAUACAUACACAUGUAUGCAUAUAAUAUACACGUACACACACCUAAGUGGUAGCGGCAUUUUAUAAUAGUUGUGUUGUUUUUCUUAUCUGGUUCAGGUGUGGUGGUAACAGCAUAGCACCGGUACCCGAAUACGCGUGUGUACACAUCAAUUUUUCAUUCUGUUCAGUUAUUUUUCGGUAUUAUCACACACACAUCGUAUCUCGUGUAUGACUAUUGUCAAGAAGACGUCCGUCACCGCUUCCGACGUAUGCAUAAAUAUUUUACUCAUUUGAAAAACAUUCGUGUUGUUUCGAAAUAAUAUUGUAAUCGUCCGGUGUCUUUAUCGCCGGGAAAAAAAACCCCGAAACGCCCGUAAGCUCUCGGGUACGGCGCUGCCGAAGUUUAUUUUUGAAACCGCGCAUAAUUGUAUGAUAAUAUUGUACGCGUGUUGUGUGUGUUAUAAUAAUACAUUGUUUUUUUUUUUAACGAACCCGAGAGAAAGACGUUUAUAUUUUUAAGUUUCGUUUAUGAUUACUAUUUUUAAUAUUGUCAGUGUUUUUUUUUUAAUCGUGUAAAGCCCAAUAUUUUUAAUAUUAUUAUUUUUUUUUUACUCCGGCUGGAUACAUUUAUAUAAGACCAAAAAGAUAUUACAUAUUACACAGUUUAUUUUUCCGGUGUAAAAAGUGAUGUAGUAGCCUCACAACAACAACACAAUAAAGUAAUUCGUCGCGUGUAUCAUUGUACAUCAUAUCUAGUACGAAUUAUUUUUCUUAACAACACUAUAAUACUAUAUUAUUAUGUGUGAAACGGUGUCAGCGCUUUGCGUCCGUGUUGUUGUCACUGCGAUCGCGAGGGGACUGAAUUCCUGAACGCGACCCCCUCGCCGCACGAUCAGGGGACGGCCACAGUGCAGGGAGACGAUCGGGAGAGAGUUAAAUAAAAGUCGUACGAACUUGCAGCAUUUUCGAUUUCGAUGAAUACCAGAACCGCGACUACCACGGUGGCGAUGAUCGAACAAGUCGAAAACGAAACGGACUGCAACAUGCCACAAGGCUCCAGUUGGUCUACGGUGUUUUCCGGUUUUUAUUUAUUUCUUGCCAGGCAUUCAGGUCGGAGACGCGUCGAAUCCGAGGGAACGGUAGUAGUGAGGCGGCAAGGCGGCGGCGGGUCGUCACAAAGCCUGCACCGCGCCGCCACGUUCACCAUGUUCAAUUUCCUCCUGCUAGUCUCUGUAUGUCUUUCAUCAACCACACACGCGUGUUCGAGUAGGUCGACGCCGAAACCGCGACCCCUGCAACCGACGGCGAGGCCCAACGUCACCUUCCACACGUACCCCUGUCCGCCGGUAUACGCCACCUGGUACUGUCUAAACGAUGCCACGUGUUUCGCUAUCAAAAUCGGCGAAUCUCUACUGUACAAUUGCGAGUGUCCCGACGGUUACAUGGGGCAGAGAUGCGAGUACAAAAACCUGGACGGCUCGUACACGACUACCAGGAGACAAGUGAUGCUAGAAUCGGCCAGCAUAGCUUCGGGGGUCAGUGUGGCGGUUCUGUUGGUGUUUAUAAUCUGCACCACGUUUUACAUCAGGUCAAAAAGACAACGAAAACUCAAAUUGAACGCAGCCGACGUUUCAAUGGUAGACGGCAUGUGGGGAGACAUGGAGAGACGACCUUUUGCGUAUCGCCCCAAACACACUAUCGUUACGAUUCCUCUCAAGACAGUAAUCACAGAGUCUAUGACGCGUCCCAAUGACCGUCCGGAGAGUUCGCGACAAGAACCAUUGAUCGUAUGAGACGACUCAAGUUAAAAGCGGCUACCAAAAGAUUUUGGAAGAGAUACAUACAUACACACUAUGUCGAGCCCCGACCGGCGCGGCGGCCGGCCAUCAAUCAGGCGAUUCACAUCACAAACAAUUUCUCCGCCGAGGAUUCCACACAUUGAUAAAAUAAUUUUCGUUUUUGUUUUGUUUUUUUGUUUUUUUUUUUUUGUAAGGAAAAAAAGAAAAAAAGAAAAGAAAAAGAAAGAAUGUUUCAAUUGGACUCUUAGUUUAGGUACUUGAUGUUUAUUGACGUUUACCAAUUCGACUCAUUAUUUGAUUAUGUAUUUUGAUUAUAUAUUUUGUUGUUCCUCCGGUCCCUGUGUUUUCUCUCCUCUCUCUCUCUCUCUCUCUCUCUCUUAAACACUCUCCCACCCACUCUCUUCAUAACGUAUUCAGGUGUACAUUGUAUAUAAUAUUUAUUUAUAUAUUUAUAUAUAAAUAUAUAUAUAUAUGAAUAUGUAUACAUUUAUAAAAUGCUUAAAUCUCCUAUUUUUCAACAAAUAUUGAAUGUUGUACAACGCGCGUGAGAUGACGACAACGGGACGUGUAAUGUUCAGUCAUAGUUGUGUGUACUAUAGUAAUAAUAAUAUGUCUAAGUUAAUCGUGACCAACGCAUUUUUAACACAGAAAUUAAUUUAUAUACAUCAAUACGCGAAAUGUCGUUGGAGUACUACGAAAUCUCUAUACACCGAUAUUACAAUCGUUUUUUUUCUCGGUUUUUAAUAACAACAACAAAACGAAGAGCAAGUGACACGACUUUUGUUUUAGACCAGUCUCCAUUCUAUCUUUUUUUUUCUGUUGUAACACAACAUUAUAUUAUCUCUCUCUCACACACACACGCUCUUCUCAUUAUAUACAUAUAAUAUAUAUUUAUAUAUAUAUAUAGUCGAAUAAUAAUAUAUUAUUUUUUUACUUUUUUAAAAAUUAUCAUUUUUUUAAACCAAGAAUUUUUCCCUCUGAAAAUAGACCAUCCGUUCUUACCGUCACUAGUACUACCUACUUACCAACGCGUACAAACAAUACCAGUUGUAUUUAAAAAACGAGGAACUGUGAAUAUUUUUAUAAAAACAAAUGUCUUUUCAUUAUAAACAAAAAAUAUUGUGUUAAGUGGUAAAUUUGAAAUUUAUGCGUUUUUAUAUUUUAUAUUAUUAUAGUUAUUUAUUUAUUAUUAUUUUUUAAUGUAAAUUAUUGCUGUUAUUCUCUGUUGAAAAAGUAGAUUGUAUUGUUUCUAUUCGAGCACACCUUCUCUAUGCCCUACCUCCCCUUCCCCCUAUACCAUCAAAUUGUUGUUAUAUGAAAUUGAAAUUGUUUUCUACACCCCGAGCUCGUCCCACCCCUGUGAGUAGAUGUAUUUAUUGUAAAAUGAAUUUUAGAUACGCUAAAAUAAUACUUAUAUCUUUUCACUUUAUCUAUUGUUAGAAGAAAAA